AUUACAGGACAAUGGGAGUGUCGCCGUUUGGAUAUUUCACUAUAUAAUGAGUAGUGUUAAAAUAAAUUUAGUUUUGUCUUAAUAAUGUACAAAAUUAUGAGAGAAAAUAAAUAAAUAAAUAUUUUUUUAGCCAUUAAUUAAAAUAUUAGUAUCUACACUAUAAAAUCGCACAAAAUAAAUAACGAUAUCAUUUAUUUAUUUUUUAUACAUUUUAAAACAUCUAAAUAUAUAUUUAAAUAAAUACGCUAAAUAUAAUACAAUAAUAAAAAAAAACAGUAAUAAUAAAUUAUAAACAAAUAUUUAUUAUAUCGUAACAUUAUAAAAUUAUUUAUAUAAUUUUAAAUUUAUUGUCAUUGAAUAGAAUCGAACUCAAACACGCCAAAACUUUAUCACCACAUUACAUAUGGCGAUAAUUCCGACAGGUUCCCUAAAGAGCGAGACAGAGAGAAAACAAAACAUUCCGACACAGUUCCCAGCGUCUAAAUACUCGAGAGCGACAGAGACAGGUGUAUAUUCCGGCUGCGUUUAUCAAACAGGAUGGAUAUGGGAACAGGGGCAAUUUGAAUUUUGCUAUGCGCAUACGCAGGUCACCUAAACAUUACGAUCCGAGUGCCCGUGGCGGGCGGACGUGUAUUUGUGUGAUAUAAAUAGUGACCGGAAAAUGCCGUGUAGCGAAGAUGACGACUCCCAAUCAGGGUUUGGUACUGACACUAAGGGAUUAUCUAAAGCGGAGUUGAGGAAGACUAAUAAGCCGAUAAUGGAGAAGAAACGUCGAGCGCGCAUCAACCAGUGCCUGAACGAAUUGAAAGAUUUAUUAAUGGAUUCCACUAAUGCAGACCCGACCCGUCACUCUAAGCUGGAGAAGGCUGAUAUCUUAGAAUUGACCGUGAAGCAUCUACAGACACUGCAACGGCAGCAACUAGCGGCCGCCAUCGCAGCAGACCCCGCGGUACUACACCGGUUUAAAGCUGGUUUCGGCGACUGCGCAGUGGAGGUGCGCAGAUAUCUCUCUCGACUCGCCAGCGUCCCCACCGGCCUCCGUCAUAGACUAGGCAACCACCUCAACUCGUGCAUCAAUGGCAUCGAGCGCACAAACCCCCCAGACUAUCCCCUAGUACCGGACCCGUUAAGACUCGACGACGAAAGACCUAGCGCGUUCCAUUUCGUCAGGUCCACAAAACCAACUAGUCCACCUCUUAGCCCGCUAUCCUGUGAUUCGGCGUGUGACUCGUCAACAGAAUUAGAAACUCCCCCCAGAGCUGUCCAAACGUUUCCUUUUCCCACUCCACCUAGCCGAUCGGCGUCCGACCAAGAUUCCAGUCCCGAAACGCAGAAACCCACAGUAUCAUCGACUACGAUAUCACCGGAGACUCUAAAACAAGACGUUUUGAGGAACAGAAAGUAUAUGGAACCGUUAUCUAUAAUCAUAGACGUGGAAAACUAUAAAAUAGGGAUAGACGCAUCGCCCAAAAGAGCAGUGGACUAUUCUAUGAGAAACAAAUUGAAGAGACCCGUCGUGGAAGCUAUGGGGCCUGCGCCGAAGUUAAUACGACUGGAACAGGAACAUAACGUGAACAUUUCGGAAAAGUUAAAAGCGGACAGUAAAGUGCCUUGUGUUAGAAAGUCUCCAGAGAGGUCAGCGUUUAGAAGAGUUCCGGAGAAACAAAUGACUUGCCAGGAGAAGAAAAUGUCCAUUCCUGAGAGCAUAUCCACGCCAUUAGAAAGGCCGCUGCUUGAGAGCAGAAUCUUUGUAAACCCUGAUAUGCCGCUAUCAACCUCAAGAACUGUGAUAAGCCAUACGGCCACAUCUCUGGCCCAAUCGUCUCGGGUCAAUCAAACUGUAGAAGUCCGAGAUAACGAUGGAUCUGUCAUGAACCAGAGGAGUUCAAAUUCACCAGAACAAGGUUCGAGCAAUACUGAGAUGUGGAGGCCUUGGUGAUUGGAGAAAAAUAUGGAAAUCUAUACGUCUUUAAUUAUAUGAACGGAGCUUUAAACUUUACCUAUGCGGUAUUAAAUUUUUUAAGAAAUGUUAAUUAUAUUAAAGUUAUUUUAGAUAUUUUUAUGAAAAUGUUUUUUCUUUCAUUUCAAACAUAAAACUUGGUGUGGAAAGAGCACAACUUUAAAAGAGCGCGUACAUUAAUAAAAUGUUUCUCAUUCAAUUGGAUGCGUUCGAAAAAAAUUGCAAAUUAGUUAUAUAAAAUAAUGCGAAAAAUACAUCAUAUUUGUAAUUGUUCCGUCGCAAUCAAAACAUGAAUUUAAAUAAUCUAGAUAGAAAAAAGACCACAAAGUUACCCUUAAAAUUAACGUUUUUUUUUUGUAAUUUUACUCAUUUUUAUUGGGAUAAAUUGAUAAAUAUCUGAGUCACUUUAUACAAGAGACUCGCACAUUUACAAUAAUAAUAAUUAAGUAAUUAAAAAUAGUUUUUAUACGCACAUUUCGACAUCCUUUGUCCCUAUCUAAUUACGCUUGGCAGAUAGUGUUAUAAUUUAAUUCAAUGCAGGAAUCAUAUUGAUUUCUUAUAUAAUAGUAUUGGACACAUUCAAAAUAAAAAUAAAUUACCUUAAUUACCUAAAUAAUUUUAUGGAAAGGUUUAUAUUUAUUUAUUUAUUUUAAAAAUACAUUUGACUUUUUUAUUUACCCCUGGCUACCGUAAUCAACCAACAGUUCCAAAUUUGGGAGUCUUGUCUGAGAAGAACUGGCGAAACAAACUCCGUCAAGAAAAGUGAAUUGCUCCCUUUGACAUAAUAUUUACAGAAUUAUCUAACUGUAUCUUUUGGUUUUGCAAUGUGUGAGCUGGAUUAUGAUUUUAUUUGACCAAUUACUGGAUCCCAAGCCGGUGGUAUAUACCAACCAUCGUCUAUACUAAAUACAAAUGCGAUAAAACCGUUUAAAAAUUGUUUCAUUCAUCAACGUAGAAAUCAUUAGGGAUACAUAAUAAAAAAAAAACUAAAUCUCAUAAAUAAACAAUAUAUUCAUUGGCAAAAGUUUUACAUAAAUAAACAUAAUUUAUGCGGACGGAUUACAAUCACAAAGUUGUAUUACUAAAAGAAAUAUUAUCUAGUUUUACUAUAAUUACUUAUAAAAAAUAAUCUUUAGGU